GCUCUGCGAGGACAUGCUCAUCCACAGCCAGCCAUCUAGAUCAGCAGCUAGCAGCAGCAUCAGCAGAUCGAGCAGCAAAACAUUCUUUGCUUAAUUUGGUUGUUGAUUUGUGUGUCGUGGCCAUGGCGAUCUCCAGGUGUUGUGUCGCGCUGCUGCUGCUCGUGGUGCUUGUCGCCGCGGGCUCUGCGGCCGCGGCGGCUGACCAGCUCCGCGUCGACUACUACCGCGAGACGUGCCCGAACGUCGAGGCCAUCGUCCGCGACGAGAUGGAGAAGAUCAUCGGCGCCGCCCCCAGCCUCGCCGGCCCGCUCCUCCGCCUCCAUUUCCACGACUGCUUCGUCCGGGGGUGCGACGCGUCCGUGCUGCUCAGCUCCACCGCGGGGAACGUGGCGGAGCGCGACGCGAAGCCGAACAAGAGCCUGCGCGGGUUCGGCUCCGUGGAGCGGGUGAAGGCGAGGCUGGAGGCGGCGUGCCCGGGCACCGUGUCGUGCGCCGACGUGCUCACGCUCAUGGCGCGCGACGCCGUCGUGCUGGCGCGGGGCCCCACCUGGCCGGUCGCCCUGGGGAGGAGGGACGGCAGGGUGUCCGCCGCCGGCGAGGCCGCCGCCAGCCUGCCACCCGCCGACGGCGACAUCGCGACGCUCCUCAGGAUCUUCGCCGCCAACGACCUCGACAUCAAGGACCUCGCCGUGCUCUCCGGCGCGCACACCCUCGGCACGGCGCACUGCCCGUCCUACGCCGGCAGGCUCUACAACUUCACCGGCAAGAACGACGCCGACCCGUCGCUGGACGGCGAGUACGCCGGCAGGCUGAGGGCCAGGUGCGCGAGCGCCACCGACGAGUCCGGCAUGAUCUCCGAGAUGGACCCGGGCAGCUACAAGACGUUCGACACCAGCUACUACCGCCAUGUCGCGAAGCGGAGGGGGCUCUUCUCCUCCGACGCGUCGCUGCUCACCGACGCCACCACCAGGGACUACGUGCGGCGGAUCGCCACCGGCAAGUUCGACGCCGAGUUCUUCAGCGACUUCGGCGAGUCCAUGACCAAGAUGGGCAACGUCCAGGUGCUCACCGGGGAGGAAGGAGAGAUCAGGAAGAAGUGCUACGUCAUCAACUCGUAGAAUGAAUCUAGCUAGUUAAAAAGCUUAAUUAAUUUAGCCGCACGAGAUGCAUACGUGGGGUGUGUUUUAAUUGAUCUUUGUAUUAUGUCACUUAUUAUUAUUAUUGUUCAGUAAAUUGAUUAUUCUCAGUGCGUACUUCCUCCAAUAGAAA